CGCGGCUUGGCGUUGCAGCGCGAGGAGCGAGCGAGACAAUGGAGUUGAAGGAUGCCGAUGGGGGAGAGGGGGGAUUCGGCGACUUGUGGAAGUGAAGUCGGAGAAGUAGCGAACUCCCUGCGCCGUAGAGGGGUCUCGAGUGCCGGAGUUUAGAUCGGAGAAACCCGGGUCGGCUUAAGUCUGGCGGGUCUGCGGAAGAUUAUUAGAAAUCUCAAACAGUAAUACUGAAAAAGAGAAUACAUCAAAUACCUUGAGAAACAGAUUACAUAAUUGAAAUUCAGAUCAUGGAGUCUUCAACCAAUCUAGAUGCUGAUACUCAGCUAAUUGUGGAAGAUUGUGCUGGCACCUUUAGUUUGUCUCAUAUGCCAGAUAUUAAAGUUGAACAUCACCUUGAGUCCGGUGUGGAGGAAGGAGCACCUCAGAGUGUUGCUAUGGGGAUGAAAUUCAUUUUGCCCAAUAGGUUUGAUAUGAAUGUGUGUUCUCGAUUUGUCAAAUCCUUGAAUGAAGAAGAGAGCAAAAAUAUUCAAGAUCAAGUGAACUCUGACCUUGAAGUGGCUUCAGUAUUAUUUAAAGCUGAGUGCAAUAUCCACACUUCUCCUUCUCCUGGGAUACAAGUGAGACACGUCUAUACUCCAUCAACUACUAAGCAUUUCUCACCUAUCAAGCAGUCAACUACCUUAACUAACAAGCACAGAGGAAAUGAAGUUUCUACAACACCUUUGCUUGUAAACUGGCAGCUCAGGGAGAAAUGUUGUAUUUAGCUACACGCAUAGAACAAGAAAAUGUUAUUAAUCAUAUGGAUGAAGAAGGCUUUACUCCUCUAAUGUGGGCUGCAGCUCAUGGGCAAAUCGCAGUAGUAGAAUUUCUACUCCAAAAUAAUGGUGGUACACCCUUGCUCUAUGCUGUUCAUGGGAAUCAUGUGAAAUGUGUCAAGAUCCUCUUAGAACAUGGUGCUGAUCCAACUGUAGAAACUGAUUCUGGAUAUAAUUCUAUGGAUCUCGCUGUAGCCUUGGGCCAUCGUAGUGUCCAACAGGUUAUUGAGACUCAUUUAUUAACACUCCUUCAAAAUAUCAAGGAAUAAUAUUAUAGCUAUGGAAUAAAAGAAGAAAUGCACUUCAUUUGAAUACUGAUCAGUAUAAAAGCAUUUUUUAACUGGUAACUUAGUCCAUUCUUAAAUCUUAUUACUUACCAAAUGUGCUUGAAAUGGUAGGUUAGUGGCAUGCAUACUACUUGAUUUAUAAGUAGAAGAGGCUGCCUUUUUCCCCAGCAAACCUUUCCUGUACCAUAGUGCUAGUUUAUUGUUCCAAUAUUUCAUAGUAUUGUCUUAUAACUUUAGAAUUUCUGUUUCACUGUUUACAUAAAAGAAUGGUUAAUAAUAACAAAGCACUUGAAAGCUGAAUUCAAAAAAAAUUAUGGGAUUUAUUCAAGCGACUUUUUUUUUUCUUUUGAGUUAUAUUUUAGGUGAACCAUCUUCAUUUGAGUGAUGUUCAUAGAUGUUUAAAAUUCAAACUCAUCUUAUUUAUAUUUCAUGUAUGCACUUGAAAAAGGAAUUGUAAAAUACUAUGACAAUAUACAAAAUUAUAUCCCAUACUGAUGUAUGAUUUAUACAUUUCAAAUUGAUAGCAAGAUGGUUUUUCAGACUGUAUUAAUCCAAUACUUUGAUUCAGUUGGUACCAAUAGGUGUUUAUGAUGUAUAGUUCUUGUGUCUAUUUAUUUUCAUGUAUAAACAAUCUGUUCUUUGCUGUUUUUAGAAAGGAUUUUUUAAAGUUUACAACUAAGUUCUAAAAUCUUAGAACAGCCUUUUUUUAUGCAAAUAGCUUGUUUUAUUUCAGCGCCACUACUGAAAUAUAUAGGUUUAACAUGAUUUUCUACUAUAGAUUUAAGUAUUUGAAUUGAAUUAUAUAUAUAAUGUGUGUGUCUAUGUGUGUGUGUGUCUGUGUGUUUUAUAUAUAUAUAACACACACAAACACGGACACACAAAUAUAGCUGGCUGAAGCUGUAACCUGGAACGACUGAAAAAAUUAACACUAUUACAAUUAAAAUAUUGGUGUUUUAAACAAGACCCACCUAAAAUAAAUGUACCUUAUUGUAGUGUUUGUCCAAAGCCUUCUGUUUUAGGAAUGUUACAAAAAAUAUCACUAAAUGAAAUUACUCUGGAUUGUAACACAUUUGCAAUCCAUGCAUUGAUAUUAUACUGAAAAUUAUCUUUAUUGCAUGUUAUAUGGAAUUGUUAAUUCUCACACAAAAAGCAUGAGGUAAACAUGUUUCAUUGAAAAUACAGACAUAUGCCUCUAAACUGCUGUGGGGAAGUUGUGCAAUACUUAAUAUAUGGUAGAUUCGCCUAUGAGAAUCUUACUAGCCAAAGAGAAUCCUUUAGCUUCUACUUAUUUUUUUAGGUGGCUGAAAACAUGUGUAUCUCUCAAUGUGUAUUUAAUAUGCUAUGUUAUUAUAUUCUCAAGCCCUUGAGGUAAAACGCUGUUUUGUUUCUAUAGAAUUGUGACUUGAAAGCAACCCUACAUUUUAAAACUGUUUUCCAAGUAUUGUUUUAUAUAAAGUACAAAUUGUGUUUUUGAGCUACUGUCUAUCGUGAUCUUUUCAAAUCUGUUUUCAUAUUGUAUUUUUAAGGAAGUGUUUCCUCAGUAUUUAUAGCAGCAAGCUACAUGUUGCUCUUAUUCCAUACUUCCAAUUCACCAUUAAAUAGUAUAGUUUUCCAUUUUUUUCCUGUAGUUCACUGAAAUUGUAAAAGAUGUUAACAAACCAUUUGCACAGUAUUCAUUACCAUAUAAAUAAAAAUACGCAAGUCAUGUUGAUAAUUUGUCUUCUACAAUAGCAUGCUGAAGACUGCAGUUUUGUUCCAGUUUUAUUGAAAGCAGCUAGACUGCACCAACACAAUUAUAGCUAUUUGGUAAAAUUGAAACAAUUCUUGUCACAACCCAGUAAUAACUAUUUGUAGUACUUGGGUAAAUGGCACUGUUGGAUACUUUCCUACUGUAUAACUUUCCCAGACUGGCCAAAAUCUUAAGAACUUAUCUACAGUAGUCAACUUUUAAGGAGCAUAUCGUUAAAAAUGGGAGGGGGUAUGCUGUAUACUUUGUGUAUCUUAAUUGCUUUUCUCAUCAUUAUUGAGGCAAAGACAAGGAUUUGCCAUUCAUUUCUUCAUUAGUGGCAAUAUGAAAAUGAUUUGCCAUGACCUUCCAGGAAAUUGUUUCAACAUUUCUGUGCAGCCUACAAGUUCUGGGUUUUCCGGUGGUCUUUCAUCCAAAUAGUACCCAAGGUAGAUUUCUUAGCCACGGCUAGAUUAAUUACUAUCUCUAA